AUGAAGCAGCUGUGCCUGGAGCUUGAAGAGGCGUACUCCCCUGUAUCAUCAGCGGCUGAGGAGCGCGUGGCCCGGCUGGAGGCGGCGCUCAAGGCCCAGCAGUUCCUGCAUGAUGCAGCGGAAGUAGACUCCUGGCUGGCUGACAAGGCCGCCACACUGGCUUCCGGUGACGUCGGCAAUGAUAGGCAUAGAGCGACGCAACUACUUACACGGCAUAAGGCCGUAGAACUCGAGCUGGACACAUACGCGGCGAUCAUAGCGGAAAUGGGUCACGUGGCGCAAUCAAUGGCUUCCGGUGGUCAUCCUGAGGGCGCCGCGCUGGUCACCAGACAUGACCAGCUGGCUGACAGUCUGGCUAGGCUGCAUAGACUGGCAGCGAGAAGGCAGGCCGCGCGCGUGGAGAGUGUACAGAUCUUUAGGUCCAAGUUCGAAGAGCUCCGUCCCCGUGUAGAGAGUGGGGUGGAGAGGUUCAACCAGUGUGAGGAGCUGGCCAAGAAGCUGGUCGCCUCAGACAGCCCCUACAUAGCUGACAUUGAAAAGAGACAGGAAGUACUCGGCGAGUCCUGGCAGCGUCUGGUAGAACAGAUCCAGUACCGCAGCCAGCGCCUGGCUGCUGCUGGCGAGAUCCACCGCUUUCACCGCGACGCCGGGGACCUGCUGGCGCGGGCCGGGGAGCGCCGGGCCCGCCUCGCCCCGCCCCCCGCGCCCCUCGACCUGCGCGCCGCCACCGCCCUCUUGCGGGACUACGACGCAGCCGAGAACGAUAUGGUCGCUAUAGACGCGCAGAUGCAGGGCCGCGCGGUAGGUGGCGUUGGAGCAACUGAUCGACUGGCACUGCUUCCUGAGAGACGCCAAGCAGCGGCAUGCUCUGUGUGCGGUUAG